AUGUUCAAUUAUAUUUUUCAUAUUUAUGAAGGAGAGAGGCCUUUUGCGAAAGACAACCACUUUCUUGGAAGUUUUGUACUCGAUGAAAUACCGGCAGCGCCGAAAGGGGUUGAGAAACUAAAAAUUUGCUUUGCUUUAGAUGAAAAUGGAAUUUUAACUGUAAAAGUACAAAUUGUUAGUACCGGGAGAGAAAAGAAAAUUACAAUUGGAUAUGGAGGACGAUUUGAUGACGCUGAAGUAGCACUCAUGGUGAAAAGAGCUGAAAAAUUCAAGAUAGAAGAUGAAGCAUGGUUGGAACGCAACAAACAAGUUAAUAAUUUAGAAGAGUAUGCUUAUUCCGUAAAACACGCAGUUAAUGGGGAAAAUUUUGAGAACGUCGCAGAUGAGGACAAGAUGGAAGUGAUCAAUAAAUGCAAUGAAGUUAUUGCUUGGGUCAAGUUGAACCGAAAUCCUGGAAUUCAACAAACAAAAGAAAAUUUAGAGAAGCUCGAAAAAACUUGCAGACCAGUCUUCUUGAUGAUACCUGGCGGAUCCGCAUUACUUCGCAAAUUUGAAAAAUAAUCAAUUUGGUUGUUCAAUGAACAAUGUAGUCAUUUGAAUGUAAAUGAAAAUAUAAUCAACAAUGAUUUGAAAUUUUUUUUGGCAAUGAACUUUUAGAUGUUUUCUGGAAUAUGCGCAUGCUUUAUAUCCAUAUUUCUUCUGUAAUUGUUAUAUUUGUACGUAUUUAACUUUCACAAAUAUUUGUUUUUGUGGUUUAAUGCUUAUUUGAUAAAAGUUGGAAAUGUUGUCUAAAUUAACUUUGCAAUCUUGAAACGCUAUAUUAUUACUUAUCCAUCAUAUCUCGAACCAGGAGUCUAUUGAUUUUGGACGAUAUUCUUGUUUCAAGUAUUAUGGCGAUUCAAGAAGAAUUAAAAUCGAUUUCAGACAAAUGCUAAUUUCUAAACGCUGUUUAAGUAGCUUAAAGAUAUAUGAGAUAAUUAUAAAUAUAUCGCUGUUUAAUGUUGGCGUGUCUACAUGGUGGACACCAGUUAAAUCUAAUCACUUGCCGGAUAGUAAUAUUCAUAUUGCUUUUGUAUAUAAACGAUUUCAAGUAAUAUUAGUAUCCGCAUUUCCAUUUAGUUAGUGUUGGCUAUUGAGUGUACAAAAUAUAUAUAUAAUGUUGUGUGCUAUUCUAGAUUGUAUUCAGUGAUUGUCUAUCUAUUAACAUAUCU